AUGUAUUGCGCCCAGUGGUUGAUUCCAGUUCUACUGAUUCCAAAGCACUGGUUGCAUCCAUUGUUUCUGGUCGAGCAAGCACUUUUCAUGUGGUUUUAUAUUAUUGCUUUCUUUUUAGAACGCAGGCCUUGUCACAUAUGUUCGGCGAUUUUCUUCAUAGCUCUGGGAUUGCUUUGUUGGACCGACCCCGAUACCUGCAUCUUUUGGCCGACAUGCGAUCGUAAACUCAAUGGAGAGGUCAGUACUCCUUUUAUGACUUCGUAA